UCUUCUUUUUUUUUAAAUUUCUUUUUCUUCAUUUGUGGGACAACUUACAAGAACAGGAAGGAUGAACACCAACAUGAACUAUAUAUCAACCUUCAAAAAGCUUAGAGCUUAACCACUUUUCCCAAUGUAAUGAUCACUUUCUUUUGAAUAAGAUGUGAUUUUUAUCUUUUUAUCUUUUUUUUUUUCUUUUUUUAGAAAUAAUCAUGAUUUCAAAUUCUCAAAUGCUUUCUCUUCCUUCACAACAUCCCUUGGUUUCAUCUUCUAAUGAUCAUCAUGAAACCCUAGAUAACCUUCUUUCUUCUUAUUCCCAAUCAAGCAAUACUCUCCUUUAUAACCUCUCAAUUUUGAAGGAGAAACUCCACCAAAUCCAAUCCGUUGUCAACAUCGCCGUUUACAAUCUUCAAAACUCAACGGAGUCUCUUCCCUCUGCGCCACCGGCCUCAUCCCAGUCACCAGUGGCGACUGCGGCUGUUAAUUCUUUGAUCCAAGAACUCAUCAUGGCUGCUUCCUCCAUGUUGUUUACUUGUCAACAAAUGGAUAAUCUCGCUGUGAACGCCUCCUUACACAACAACAACGUUGGUAACAACCUCCAAGGUCAACACCACCAGCACCAGCACCAGCAACAAGGUCCCGUUGACGAUAACAAUGGACGAUCCAACACCCUUUUCAAUAUGGCUAACGACCAUCAUCACCAACGACAGGAUUGGUACAACACGACUACGUCUAAUAAUUAUAACAAAGACAACAACAACGGUAGAACAAUAAUGACAACAAAAACAACACAAGAUCAUCGAAAUCCGAUCAAUAUCGUGGAGCUAGAUGCAUCGGAUCUUCUAGCAAAAUACACCCACUAUUGUCAAAUUUGCGGGAAAGGGUUCAAGCGAGAUGCAAACCUUAGAAUGCACAUGCGAGCACACGGGGACGAGUACAAAGCAAGCGGAGCUUUGAGCAACCCCGAGAAGAGCCAUAGAAAGGACUUGAGUAACAUAAGCAAGAUGGGGAUCAAAUAUUCAUGUCCACAAGAAGGCUGCAGAUGGAACCAAAAACAUGUGAAGUUUCAACCAUUGAAAUCACUGAUUUGUGUGAAAAAUCACUUCAAAAGAACUCAUUGUCCCAAAAUGUAUGUUUGCAAAUUGUGUAGUAGGAAGAAAUUUUCGGUGCUUUCUGAUUUGAGGACUCAUGAGAAGCAUUGUGGGGAUGUGAAAUGGCUUUGUUCUUGUGGUACCACAUUUUCCAGGAAAGAUAAGCUGAUGGGUCAUGUUGCUUUGUUCGUCGGGCACACUCCAGCCAUGGGUUCGUCCACAAAAUUCUUGGGAAAACAAGAACAUGAGUAUGUUCAUUCAUUCUAAUGAAUAUAUUUCACUUAACUGUAUGAAUCUUUGUGAAUAUAUAUGCUAUUGUCUGGAAGUUUUUGGUUUUGUUUUUAUGUAUUUCUUUAGGAAAAUUUGUGUUGCUAGGAGAUGAAUGUGCUUUUAAUUAACUUGAGGCUAAUAUUUAGUGGGUUAUGUUUGUUCUUGUUUAAUUUGGAUGGAGACUUUUAUAGAAUAAAAUGAUAUCAUUUACACAUUCA